AUGAGUCGGGUGGUGUUUCAGGCAGGAAACAGAGCGGCGCAGUUUAUGAAAGACGGGGUAACCAAGACCUUGAAGGACUCCGCCGCCACGUCAUCGUCGUCGACAAGGCAGAAGCAGCAGCAUCAGGCGAGGAAGUUCUCGUCGUCGGCGGGUGGCGCCCUUGAUAAGGCGGCGGCGACUUGCGAUUACAAGUUCAAACAAGCUGAAGAAUCCCUCCGGACGAUCUUACUUCCGAUGAAGGAUGUGUUUAGACUUAAGUGCACCUCAAGACAAUGGCUUUCUUUCAUCUCCGAUUCUGGUUUCCGCAAUUUGUACAUCUCUGAGCAUGUCUCAUCAUCGCCAAGUUUUGUCUAUUUGCCCUCAAUACUUCAAUUGAUUAAUGAAGAAGAGGUCCCCCAAACCGAAACCAAUAACUUCCCACCGGUUCGUAAGCUUGUUUUUCCGGGUAUGAAAGAAGGAUUAGCAGCCCAAACAUUACAGAUUGUAUCAGCAGACAAAGGGUUUCUUUUAUUGCAGGCUAGAAUCAGGGAGAAUAAACUUGGAAUUGGAAUUACUUACAGAUACUCUAUCUGUAAUGCAGUCACAAAGCAGUGGUUCACUCUUCCUGCCCAUAAAUUCAUCAUCGCUCCAAUCAAUUUUGUAGGGUUUAUCACACGAGUCGAAACUGGAGUAGUUUUGACUAGUUAUAAAGUCUUAUUGGUUGCGCAUCCAACUCGGAAUAAAAGUUUCCUUGAGAUCCAGGUUUUUUCUUCAGAAUUUGGGGAAUGGUCAGAGUAUACUGUGCCCUUCGAAUUUGCACAUGAUUUUUUUGGUUCCCUGGGAAAUUCCGUUGUAGUGAACAACACUCUUUAUUGGACGAUAUCACCUAGAAGAGUGGUAGCCUAUGAUCCUUACACCGAUCGUCUCAAAUUUCACGUUAUUGAGUAUCCCUACGACGACGACCAGAAUGAAAUCGGGUAUUGGUGUUGUUAUGGUUGCAGUGUCUAUCAAGAACGCCUUAACUAUUUCGAAAACUUUGCUAUUAUCGGUUACGAUAAGGUUUUAAAGAUAUGGGAAAUCGGAGACAACCAUCAAUGGCAGCUUAAGCAUACAAUUAAGAUUAAAGAAGAUAUCCCAUUACCUGUUUCUCCGGGGUAUCAUGAUUGUAUCACAUUACUUCCAUCAUUCCAACCAUCUGAUCCUGAUGUACUCUCUUUAUACGCCGGGGAAUCCAAUAGCUUGGUAUCCUCCAACAUAAAGACCAAGGAGAUGGAAUUUCUUCAUGUCCAUGAAUGUUGGCCUUCUGGAGUUCAUCCACUGAUGGGAUUCUUCCAAGUGCUUCCACUUUGGCCUAUCUCAAUUCCACCUUCUCUUAUGUUUUCGGGUUGA